GUCAAAGGCGCCUAUUCAAUUGAUGUUAGCGAAAAUUAUAUCGUUUGUGCUUGCACUAAUGGGAUUGUUAGAUUAUUUGAACCAGUCACAUUAAAGUAUUUGGGUACUUUACCGAAACCACAUCCUUUGGGGGUUGAUUUGACUUUACAGACAGGAACCACUUAUAAUGGAACUGGUGAUCCCAAUGACUCAUAUCCCGAUACAUUGGCAUUAAAGUUAGAUACGGAAACUGGAAAAUUAACAUGUAUCUAUAGUGAUCGUAGCCUUUUUAUAUGGGAUAUCAAAGAUGUUAAAAAGAUGGGAAAAUAUAGAAGUUUUCUUUAUCAUUGUGAUACUAUCUGGGGUGUGGAGAUGGUACCAGAUCGUGAUCCUAAUUCAACUUCUGAAAGUAUUCUACCUGAAAAUACUUUCGUAACUUAUUCUGCUGAUAGUACUAUACGUUUUUGGAAUCUGGAUGGUACAAAUUCUGCAACAAAUCAAAAUUCAACUUCUACUCAUGGCAUCAAAAGAAACAUUUAUAGCAAAGAAUGUCUAAAAAUUGUUUAUGUGGAUCCCGAUGGUUCAUAUAGAUCAAGUGCAGUGAUCAAUAAAAAUGAUCAACCUGAUUCAACUGACCAGUCUACUUCAGCACCUGUAGAAUUGGGUAUUCGAACUUUAAAAAUUAGUCCAGAUGGAAAAUUAAUGGCAUCUGGAGAUCGUGGAGGAAAUUUAAGGGUACAUGAUCUUGAUACUUUUGAAGAACUUACGUAUCAAGAAGCACAUGAUGCUGAAAUCCUAACAAUUGAAUUCACUGAUGGUCGCAUACCAGAUGCUCCAUACUUGAUUGCCACAGCAAGUCGUGAUAGAAUAUUACAUGUCUUUGAUAUUAAUACUAAUUAUCAAUUAAUUCAAACAUUGGAUGAUCAUUCCUCUUCAAUUACAGCUAUUAAGUUUACAAAUGAUGGUGGGAGAUUAAUUAGUUGCGGCGCUGAUAAAACAACUGUAUUCGACAUGGAUAUCGAUGUAUCAAAUCGUUAUAUAGGUACGGUUUCUGGUGAACGUCGGUUAAAUGUUUUUCAAAUUGAAACAGGUAAAAAUGUGAGAAGCUAUAAAUCAGAUACUCCAGAUGAGGUCAAUGCUGCGGAUCAAGGAAGUUUGUUAAGGAUUUCUUUGGAUCCUGGUGGUGUAUACGCUGUAACCGGAGGUUCAGAUAAGAGUGUCCGUUUAUUUGAUUUUGCUACUGGAACGAUACUAGGAAAAGUGUUAGGACAUUCAGAAUUAAUCACAUGUGUUAAAUUUACUCCUGAUUGUGAACGUGUUAUUUCAACAUCAGCAGAUGGUUGUAUAUUUGUAUGGAAAAUAUCCGAUGAAUUGGUUUCUAAAAUGCGUCAAAAAUGGUUGAAUAGAAGUGGUGUUGGUAGAACUUCACCGGUUAUGAAAGAUUAUCUUUCAUCACCACAAUUAUCAUCAUCUCCAAUUUCACCGAUAAUACGGGCAACCACAAUGCCUGCACAAAGACCUCAAUCAAUUAUGUUAGAUCUUCAACAACAAAGUGAGAGUGUUAAUGGAAGGGCACAGGACUUUACUGUUCGUAGUAAAAAUAAUAAGAGUUCAAGUAACUUGAAGGUCAAAAAAUCUUAUUCAUCUCUUAUAACAUUGGAUACGCAAAUUGAUGAUAACACAAAAAAAUUGGGAGGUACUUUGAGAAGACCCGUUUCAUUUGCCAAUGAUGGAUCAUCACAACCCAAACCUAUUCAAUUAUCAACAACAUCAACACCUAGACCUAUAUCUGAAUUUUCACCAACUCGAAUACCUACAACAAAAUCACCACCUCCGAAUAGUCCUUUAUCUGAUACAUCUUUAUUAGUUACUCCGCCAAAUACACCUAUUUCACCAAAUAUGGUAAGAAGAGAAUCAUGGAAAAUUGGUCUCCCUAAUUGGGCGAAAAAGGCAUUCAAAGAAAAAGAUGCCGAAAAUUCGUCAACAAACGUUGUGAACAAUGACAAUGUGAAUAACAAUAUAAACAAUAAUGUAAAAAAUGAUGUAUUUAAUGUUAGUGAUAAUUCAUUUAACGUUGAAAAGAAAUUAUUUAACGCAACAAGACCUCUCAACAAAACCAAAUCGCAAAGUAAAUUGCGUCAGGAUUUAACAAUCCAAUUUUUAAGUGAAGAAAAUAAUGACCAAGGAUUUACUUCAAUGACAGAUAAUGUAAUAUUUGAUGACUCCCUUCCGAUAUCAGAUAAUGCGGAAACAAUAUUUGUAGAAUCUCAAGGAGAGGAAGAAUAUGAGGAAUAUAUUGUAGAUAAUGAAAAUACUCCUACUCCAAAACUAAGACGCAAGAGUAGUUUUGUGGGAAAGAAUGUUCAAAAAUUAGAGAUGUUUUUGGCAACUCAUCUAAAACCUGAUGCAAUUGACAAAUCUAAUUUGACAGAUAACGAUCAUUUGACUAAAGACCUUUGCACGAAAAAACGUCAAAGCUUGACCACAAAGUUUUAUUCUGUUAAUCCAAGACAAUUACAAGAUUCUAGUGAUUGUGAUGAUGGUUUGCUUGAUUCAAUUAAGAAACUUAUAUUAAAAUCAGAACCAGGAGAAAGUAUUCCAAAAGAGAAUUCUUCUACGGAAGAUAUUGAAAAGACUUUAGAAGUUUUAGAAGGAAAGAAAGUAGAGGUGGUGAACCAGGUAAAUAAAGAUGGUUCUUUAAUAAGACAGAUGGAGGCUAUCACAUCCGCCAAGGACCCCUCGAGUAAUGAUCAAAAGGACCUUGAGGAGAAUAAGGAGACAAUUGAUGAUGAUGAAAUUAAAGUCAUUGAAAAUAAAGGAGAUGGAUUGGGUAUUAUAAUUACUGAAAUUACUGAAGAACGUGAAGAAGAUAAUGAGAAAAAAACCAUUAUUAAGUCUGAUGAUGCUCCUAUUACUCGAAAUAACACAAUUGCUUCGGAUGAUCAAUUAAAUGAAGAUAAUGUUAUGGACGAUUUGUUGAAUAUGACUAUUCUUUUGGAAAGAACGCUUAAUGCAUACAAAAAGGCUUCAAAUAAUGAAAGCAUGGCAAAAUUGAUAUCUGAUAGUUUACUAAAUAUGAUGGAUGAUAUAAGUAAAAGCAUCAAUAUUGAAAGGCAAUCCAAUAACGAGAAUCAUGAUAAUAGUAAUAAUUGUCUUAAAGAAGAAGAAAUUAAUCGUAAGAGUGUCAAUAAUGAUAAACAAUUCAUGAAUGACAAUGAUAAUAAAGAUAGCAAUUAUCAUGAAGAGGAAGAAAAUGAUUCAAAUAAUUCUUACUACACAGCGAUUACAUCUCAUAGUAACGAAAAUGAAUUAUCACCAAACAUUAAUAACAUUAAUAAAAGUAAUUUAAUGUCAAUGUCACCGCCAUCUAAACCAAAUUUACAAUUAUCAGAAGAAGUUAUGUAUGAUUUUUUGGAGAAGUAUUCCGAAUUAUUGAUAAAGACAGUUGAUGAAAAAAUUACUGCAAAAUUCACCCCUACAUUAGUAACCAAAUCAAGCAUUGAUGAAUUAGGAAGUAAUUGUAUUAAUACAAAUUUGUCUUCUAAAUCAACCAAAUCUAUCAAAGGUUCAAUACCAGUUGGAAUUAGUAAAAACAAAUUUUCAAAGUCAAGAUUUGUUUAA